GGUCCUGGAAUUCCGUCGUCCACCUAACUUCGCGCGUUUUGGAGGAAUUGUCCUUUUGGACCAAUAACGUAAGCCAACUUAAUGGUACAGAAUUSUUUGAAGAACCUCGGAAAUUCGAUUCCGUGAUUUAUUCCGACGCUUCUGGGCRUGGUUAUGGGGGGUUCGCUAUAUCAGCAGGAAAUAAAUUAGUUUGCCACGGGCUUUGGGAUGGAGCUGAGAGAAACAAAAGCUCAACUUGGCGUGAAGCCAAAGCAAUUGACAACAUGAUACAGUCCCUUGCAAACACGUUACAGGGGCACAAUAUACAAUGGUACACCGACAAUAAAAAUGUCGUAAGCCUUAUCCAUAGGGGAAGCAUGAACCCAGAGUUACAGGCAGUUGCUGAGCAAAUCACAGAUGCUUGUUCGGUCAAUAGUAUAUCAGUAAAUCCAGUUUGGGUUCCAAGGCAACAGAAUCAAUUGGCUGAUUAUGUAAGUAAGCUUAAUGACGUGGACGACUGGGGCAUAAGCAUGCCUAUAUAUAAGUGGCUCAAUAACAUGUGGGGCCCGUUCACCAUUGAUCGAUUUGCAUCUUGGUAUAAUACCAAAUGUACCAGAUUUAAUUCCAGGUUUUGGAAUCCUGGUUGCGAGAACGUAGACGCAUUCGCGCAAAAUUGGGGCUCAGAGAACAACUGGGUUGUAUCACCUCCAAGCCAGAUCAUCAGAGCCUGGAGACAUUUUUACAUCUGCAAAGCUAAGGGAGCUAUGAUUGUCCCCCUUUGGAAGGGAGCGGUUUUUUGGCCAUGCCUAUGCCCAGAUGGCACUCAUUUGUCAAAGCAUAUCACAGACUGGGUGGGAAUCCCGGACUAUCAUGUCCCAGCAACUGUUCCCGGGCGUUGUUUCAACACAUUGUUUAAGGGUACGAAACUGAGCUUCAGGCUCAUAGCUGUAUUUAUAGCUUACAGUCGUCCGAUAACGAGAACGAAUGACAGAGGCUUUUGCAUGUCUUUUAAUGGUAUAUGCGACAACUGCGUUCUGACUGGUUAGCACUUAUUUGCGCAGGCUAAUGACGCCGUCAUGGCUUACUACAGGAGUAGUUCUAGCCCACAAGUGGCUUAUUUCAGGAGUAUUUUUAGCCCGCAGGUGGCUUACUACAGUAGUAUUUUUAGCCCACAGGUGGUUUCCUUGUCUAAAAUGCAUCCUGUUCAACUCAGAAGUUUGUACAACAGUUUUGUACAUUAUAAAGUGCAUGCUGUCAACUCACAGG